AUAAGUACAUGCCCCCAUGUGCCUCAGAUUCGAUCACCAUACAAUACUAGGCAGUAGGCACACAUCUCUAAGAAAUCAUAAUUCUCACACUUUUCAAUUAUUGCACUCUGCGUUUAUAUAAUUUGUAUAUACUUCCAUCUUGUUACGCUCUUUUGAACCACCCACCAUUCAAAGAUGUGGAACAACCUUCCUCCUGAUUUGUUGGCCAAUAUCUUCUCCUACCUUCCUCCACACAGCUUAGCACGGGCGAUGGUCACCUGCCACCACUGGCAUAACUGCGGAAGGUCGACAAGUGGACAGACGAGGCGGCACCAACUCCAUCAGCCAUGGUUCAUUGCCUUACCCACCCGCAGCAGGCAAUUGUGUUUUGUUCAUAAUCCAGUUGAGAAAAGUUGGCACUUGCUUAAUUUGGAACAUGUUCCUAGUCUGACCCGACCUGUGUCAACUAUUGGUGGACAUGGUCUGAUAUUGUUUAAAUUCACUGGUGGUGUACCUAUUCGACUGUCUAUGUGUAAUCCUUUUACUGGUGAAAUCCACCACCUCCCACCACUACAGAAAUCAAGGACUAAUCCGGCAGUGGGAGUCAUAGAGAGUUGUCCCAACAGGUUCAAGUUGUAUGCAGCUGGUGGGAUGUCUAAGGCGGCAAGUGGUGGUGCGGCCUCAUUCGAACCCACAUUAGAAAUGUUUGAUUCUAUAAGCAAUACGUGGACGGUCAUGGGGUCCAUGCCAGUGGAGUUCGCCGUGAGGCUUACAGUAUGGACCCCAAACGAUAGUGUCUUCUCAAAUGGGGUCCUUUACUGGAUGACCUCAGCCCGUGCAUACAGCAUAAUGGGCUUUGAUAUGGGUACAAACAAAUGGAAGGAACUCAGUGCGCCCAUGGGUGACACACUUGAAUUCGCUGCCUUGGUCCCUCGAGAGAGUAAGCUAGCAGUUAUUGGUGGGACCCUAGGUGGGGAUGUGUUAGUUUGGGAGUUAGGGGAUGGUGGUAAAUGGAAUGUGAUUGAAAAAAUGCCAACUGAAUUUAGUAAAAUACUUGCUGGUGGUUGUACUACCAAGUGUGUGGGAAUUGAAGGGGCAGUAUGUUUAUUCCGGGACCUUGCAUCUGGAAUGGUGGUCUGGAGAAGAGCCGGAUAUCACAAAAAUAAAUGGGAAUGGUGUUCGAUUGAAGGUUGUAAUCAGGUAAAAGGAAGACGUCUUGACAAUUACCUGAUCAAAGGACUCUUUGUUCACCCAAAUCUUGCUUCUCCAUUCGUUUAGGCUUGAAUUUUCAUUUUGUAACUCAACUAAUGAUCAAAUGUAAAAUUCUUGUAAUAAUGAUAUACUACGGUAUUUAACGUGCA